UGAUAUGCAAUCCGUUGGUAGCCAAACAUUAUCCAAAAGCCUAAGGAAGUCAUAAACUUGCAGAGUGAAAGUAGAAAUUUCAUGGUAGAGAACUUAGAAUGAGUGAAUAGAAUAAUCCGACAAGUAAAUUAAAUUGGCAAUGAAAUCCAUCCAAGCACUUCAUGCUCCACUAUUACUUUCAUUGCAUGCAAAGCUGAAACACAAACAGCAACUGAUAACACCUGAAGUCGUACCAUGGCUUUCCAACGAUGGACCUACUGAGCUUACUCUACGGAGGCAACGGUUUCGCUAUUCACCACCCACCAAAGCCAUGCACAAUCCCAUUCUUCUUGAUCUCACUUCCCCUUCCAGGUCCACCGACAUGUCGGCCUUCCUUCAGAUCAGUGCACUGCUUUUAUUCUUCUACUGGAUAUCGAAUUUUGUUGUGCCGGAUAUCAUCUCCAAAUAUUAUAAAUUCGAUGAGGUGGGUGAAAAUGGGAAUGCCAGAGAUGAGAGGCCUGUAGAAGAUGAGGAAACAGAACCCACAUCGGGCAGUAAAACAAGAUCCAGCAGGAAGAAAAGAAGCUUCAAUGGCACCAAAACAUAAAUAUAACUUCAAACUGCUCGGCAAGCUCUCCCACUUGUUGUCUUUAUUAUUCCAUUUUCGUACCAGGUAUUUGUCAGAAAUCAACCAUUUUUCUCUUAAAAUUAAUGUCAAAAACACAGAUGAGCUUAUAUAUUUAUAACUUA